AGAGAGGCGAAGACGAAUUUCAUUUUAAUCGAAGAAUUAGAAAUGCAUGCCUUAAAUUAAGCCCUGUUUAUGCUGUGAAUUUGUGCCAUUGCUUCGUUGAUUAUCAGUCGAAUUGUUCAGUCAAGCAGAGAUAGGACGAAUGGUUUUGUUUUGUUUAUGAGGAGCUUUGAAUGUCUUCGCCACAAGAUCUUUCCGCAUGCCUUGUUUUAAUAUUGCUACUCAAAGACCGCGGUUACUUUACUUAAUCGAAGUGAAUAUAAAAUUGACUGAAACUGUCGCGCAAAGACUUCAUGGACAAUCAGCAGUCGUUCGGUAUGGAGUUCAGGAGUGUGAAAGAGGCUUCCGUUGAAGGGGUUCAGCGAAGAACAAAACCAAAGAAACACUUCGUAAGUUUUACGUUAUUUGUGUCUUGUAACUGAUCAAACUUUGAAUAUUUGAGAUUGACAGGAAAUAAUUCUUGGUGCUUUAAAAUCCGUUGUAACCGAAGAAUUAAUCGUCUACCAAAAGUAAAGAGAAUUCCCUGGUUGAGUAUUGACUUGCGUUCGACAAAACUGGUGUCCAGAGAUUAUUCCGUAAAUUCCUUUCAAGUUUUAACACGACUACUUUACCCGUUGGUAGUAUUUACAUCGCCGUUUGACCCUAGUUUAAGAAAAUAGUCGAGUUUAAAUUAGAGACGGAAAGGCUGUUUAAGAUGUUAUUUCAAAGACGGAAAACACGUCUCGGUAGUUUGCAAGGGACAUCAUUCUUUCCGUAGGAAAACGCGAUGAAAUUGUUACGACAACUGUCUCAAAUACUCACUAGGGAAAAGGAACGAAAAAGCGGAUUUUGCUUGCUUGAAAUACAGCUUUAAAUUUAGAAAAACUAAUUCUUGCUUAACGUUUUGAAGAUAGUUUCAAGACGGUUUUACCUGUCCUCAGCCGCCCCGUAAACUCAGACGUGAUCAGUGUAAAUUUUCACCUAAUGUAUCAAUACUGUAUAUCAAUAACAGAGGUUAGGAGAAUAACAGAGAUGAUCACCAUCAGUGAGCCGCAUCAGUGAUAUUUAGAACCGUGAGAGGGAAUACGUGAGCUAAGUUAUUAAUCACUAAGAAUAGCUUCACUAAGAUUCGUUCAAAGUGAUGCGCUUUUCCAAAAAUGCGCUUCAUCACUGUUAGGCUACUGAAAUGAAGAACUCGACGAUUUAUCAUAUCAAAAGGCUGGAGGGAGCGUCGACGCCCGUUUUUUAAACGGUACAUCGAAGUAAAUGCAAAAUUGAUAAUACUUUUGUUACCACUUUAUUAAACUGUGUUUCUUCGCUCGAAAAUGACGUCGAGGUUCAAGUAUUUACAAGGCUUGAUUCAUAUGCAUUUGAAUUUCUAAUUACCGAAACCAGAAUUUACAAUUUUGUUUAUUCAAUCACAAUCCACUUCAAUAAUGCUAAUUUUACUAUUUUGUAAAUAACGAUAAUGAGUUAAAGGAUACAAUGUAAAAUCACGUAUUCCGGUAGCUUCAAUAAAAAACCGGUGUCAUGAUGUUCAAUGCUAAGAGACUCAUGUCACAGACUUUUUAGAAACAACCCGAGAAACAUAAUCUUUUGAACAAAAUAUUGACAAAAAUGAGUACCAUAGUUUUUACAUUCCAGAUACCUUAUUAUUUCGUAAAAAGAUGUUUUUUAAAAAAAAAAUUGCUAAAGGAUUUUUCAAACAGUGCAAAGGGCGAUCCUUAUACAAUUAUAAUUUUAGUUAUUUGUGUAUUUUUGAUAUGUAAUUGAACCGUUGAACGUUUUGACUGCUAGGUUCAUACUGACCGAGUUUUCAGCGGCCAGAACUCAGCUUCAAAUCGGCCAAAUUACCAAGACAAGCUGUUAAAGCGCUUUGAUCGCUCCCUACUCGUAUUCCAGGAGUUGAUUAUUGAACAAAACACGUGUCUUUUCAUUUGUCUAGAUGUUUUGCGUGAAGGCUACAUGGUCUGAUGGAACUGUCAACUUGGUUUAUCGAAGGUACAGCGAAUUUUUACACUUGCAGGUAAGCUAUUCAAAAUUAUAGGGGCCUGUAAGUAGCAGAGCGGGGCAUGCGCAGUUUUUCAAACGUAUCUACAAUGUUUUGCGCUCGAACCACAGCUUUUCAGUGUAGAAAUACACCACCACCCUGUAAGGAUAAAACCUCCAUCUUGUCUGUAAAACGCACAUGAUAAGCAACCCGUACUUUCAAGUACAGUGGAACCUCGAUAUAACGAUCCUCUAUGUAAUGAAGUUCUCGGUAUAACGAAUGAUUUUCUUCACCCCGGUAAUAGUAAAAUAUAUGGAAAAGAACCUCGAUAUAACGAAACUUCGUUAUCAAUGGCGAACUUGCCAGUCCCUUCACCCUUCGUUAUAUCGAGGGUCCUCUGUAGUAGAUAAUAUUGAGCCAGGUUGUACUUGACAAUCUGAAGAAAUUGAGAAACGAUUCAACAAUCUUUUUGACCGACAAAUCAUUGUGGAGGAUGCUGCUUAAAUCUGUUACAAAUUAAUACGCUUUGUUGAAUCUUAAGAACAAGCCCAGCCAAUGAUAUGCACUGCCAGAUGUGCGUAAAUCAAAACGUACACGGGUAGAAGACAGUGAGUUUUGUCAGUUCUCAGUCACUGAGUUACGAGUUCUUAAGGGGCACCCAACGAGAAUUGUUGUUAAAAGUAUUUUAGUAUUUAAACGGUAGAUAUAGGCAUAUUUUUAUCCCCUAAAAAUUUUUCAUCUGUUCGGAUUUCCUAACUGAAAGUUUGGUGAUCCGAAAAUUAUAGGGAUCAAAACUUACCUUUUCGAAAUUUCAUCCAGAAAAAAGGCUCCAGAAAAUUCUAGGUGAUUUUUCUAGGAUAAAAAUCCGUUAAAAAUGGACAAUUGUACCAUCUUUUAGAUGUUCGAAAAUCCUAGGAGAGGCAGACAAGCAAGAGAUUUUACAACAAAUGUUCCGAAAAUUCUAGAUCUCAAGUCGUCUUCAGAACAGAUAUUUUCCGAAAACUGACUUUGGGUGCCUCUGGUUCUUCUUAUCUGUUCUGAAAUCCCUCUACAGAAUCUUUUAAAUGUUGUUUAAUGCACCGCAAACUAUAUUUGGUGGUGACCUACUUUGGAAGACAGGAGCUACAAGACAAAAAAGAUCUAAAACCCUUGGCUAAAAACCAACCACAGUUGUCUGUCUGACAAAGAGACUGUAUUUGUAUCUGUACACAUCACACCAACCACCGUUUUCACCUUUGCCUCAUUCACAGAGACAAAUAAAUCAGCAAAGCAAUAUUCUAUCACUAUUAGAGCUAUUCCUUAACACCUUGAAGAUUUUAUUCAUAGUGAAGUCAGACAGAGGAAAUAUAAAACUGUUAUAAACUUUCCCGCCUUCUCACAAUAAAGCAAGAGCUAGUGGUUGGUCUAUAGCCCCAUGGCACUAAAACGAAGGUAAUUCCGGCAACCCAUUUCCUCUGGAUUGGCAUGAGUUACUUAAUGUUGUUCAAUUUAUUGCGGUGAUCUAAAGAAAAGUGUUUCAUCCUGGAUUUCGGUCAAUUCAUCACGUUUUCUAUCGGUACCCCAAAAAAGCCCUCUCGAAUUUAGAAAGGCUAACCAGAAAACAGUGGUUAAGUUUUAAAACAACACAAAAGCCAGUAUCAUAGCUGCGUGUGCUUGCAUUCGUGCCCGUUGAUGACAGCCCACUUACACAUAAAACAGACGCGAAUAGUGAAUAUCAUUUCUUUAAGAAGGCUAUGCCACAACCUUUCUUCUAGAUCAUUAACGUAGGAUCCUCUAAGGAGUCCUUUAGUAAGGCGCCAUAAUUCAUAUAACCUUUUUUGUUCCUUUAUGUGCCUGAUAAGUUUAUUGCUCUUUUGUUUAUGUCUGUAUCCGUUGGUUGAACACAUCCUUCCGUUUUGAAUUGAUCUUUAACGUUGAAAGAGCACUUGUAAGUAUUGGCUCAUAAAACGAAAUGUCUUGGAACAACUACAAGUGAUUUUCAAAAACAAUAACUGAUAAGAAUAAGAUCACUUGAAUAGCUGUUAAUAGAACAUUAAAAGAAUGUUAUUUUUCCAUUAAUCUUUUUUUAAUAGAUUAAUAAAAUUAUUCUAGGGAGCUUGAAAGCUGUGCCGAUUUAGAGACACAUUUUUCACGCGUCAAGUUGGUUUUGCCCCUUGCAGAAUCUAGAUUUACAAAGUCUGGUCCGACAAAGCUUCAGAUUACCUGACUUGAAACACGAUUGAAGAUACAAGCAGUUCAAAUUAAAAAAUAACUUGAAAUCAUAAGCAGAAACUUAUUAACAUGUGUAAAUACGUAAACUGGGAGGGCCUAUAUCGUCAGUUACUAACGUAGUCUUGGUAAUUAACUGCGUCAAAGAUUGUUUAAGGUUACUAUCAGAAAUUACGGUCAAACAUACGGCUAAUUUUAUCUGCUUUUAUGAACUGUUUUUUGAAAUUGUUGUGAAGAAUAUAUAUUAUUUUAACUGUUUGUCUUUUAUUGCCAUACGGACUAUUUAUGCGGGUCAGGAAAGGUAUUCCGCUCAUCAAUACAGUCGCCUCUCUUUGCUCACCUGUCGAAAGCGGGAGGUUUCACGGGAAAAAAUCAGUAACAAUGAGCGCUUUAGUCCUGCAUACGUUUGAGAAUAGCAAGUAGGGCAACAGGAUUCGGGUGACCAUUUCAAAGAAUUCAAAAGUUUACGUUUAAAGAAAUAAACUCUCACGACCGCUAUUUGGAAUAGCUCGAAAUACGAACUUUAGUUUCGCCAGGCGUCUUUACUUGGCUGGAUCUUACGACGAUAGAGUAGACUAUUAACUGAACGCAAAAUAGUCCAACAAAGAAAAAUUCAAGGGAUGAGGGAUUGAAACCCUUGUUCACGGUUUGCUGAGACUGUGUCCGCUGAUUCUACUGCCUUGUAAAUAUCAAGUCCAUUGGUUUGAAAUAGCGCAACAGGAAAAAACUAAACGAAAUUUUUAACGAAAGAAACUGCAGCAAUGCAUUUGGCUUUUGCUCUCAGGAUUAAGCGAAAAUAUCAAUGAGCUGCAAGAAAAAGCUGGUAACCCUCCCCCCACCCCGACUGAAUAAUCGUCUUAUUCUUUGUCAUUCAAAGUUUACACAUCACCCAUAACGCAACUUGUUUUGCCCCCCUCCGCCCAAAUUUUGCAUAAACUUGGUUAUAACAGUCCUACCAAACGAAAAAACUCAAAGACUGGGGUAAACAAAAGUCACUGGAAGGGAUUGUUGGUUGAGACAUCGAGUCACUGGAAGGGUUAUGGUUGAAGUACCGGUAUUUACCUUUUUCUUUGAAAUCUGACGAGUUUUUGAAUGAAAUCAAAUGGCACGGCCCUAUCAUUCCAUGCAAAUUUUUCUUCCUUUUCAUUUGCCAAGAGCCCAUCACGUGACCUGCAAAUAACUGCCAACAAAAAAUUAUCUGCUCAUGCGCAAUGUCGUUGAACUGUAUUUGGCUCAAAAUAAUUUUCUACUCAUUUGUAAAUGAAAUUAAACCACGCUUUUCUUCUUUCUGAGAUCACUCUUGCGUGAAAAUGAAAGCGUCCCGAAGAUAUUCAUGAAAAAGCAAACUCGGUGAUCGAAUGAUUAAACACUUACUGAACUUUGUUAUCGCAAAAUAUCAUGAUUUGCCAGUGUCCCGUUCAUCAAUUAUUUGCCUCCUUCGGUCUCGGUAAAUGACUGACCUGCUCGCCACUGACAAAUCACGAUAUUUUUCUCAACCUCGUCCAAUAAUUGUUAGCAGUCAAUAAAGCUAGAAGUUACCAUUUCAUUCCUUGUUGGUGUUCAUUCCUUACUUAAACAGGAGAUACUUUCCUUGCAUUUUCCUAGACUAUUUUGUACCAAGCGUUUCCUGAGUCCCUUGGCAGGCCUGGCGCAACAUGCUCAAAACAUAAUCACUUCACUCCACUUCCAGGUGAGUCGCAAUAAAAAUUCGUUUUCCCGCUGGCCUAUCCUUCAGCCAUUUUAUCGGAAAUUCAUCUCAUCAAUUCCUUUGUAAGUGAACCUAUAUUAAAAAUCAAUCAAAGUUAUAUUAGAAAGUGCUACAGAACUUUUCAAAGCAAAUAUAUAAGCUUCUUAUUAAUUCUUUGGAAUUCAUAGCGACUGUUUCCUAAGUUUUGUUUUGCUGUGCUAAUAUUGUACCUUUUAGAUACGCUUUCUACCCGCAUGAAUGUUGGUGAAGCUAUAUUUAGGAGAAUGGAGCAAGUCAACUGUUUCUUGAAGGUAAGGAGUAGGUGGCGACUUCGCGUACCGCUAAAGAGCCGAAAUAGACCACCAUCAAAAAUUAUCAGAACUGUAGCCCUCUGACAGAAGCACUCGGCAUCUUCUUGGUUGUCGGCCAGGACGGGUGGGUGAUGAAGCCAGCACUCCGCCCUUCAAGCCAUUUGUGAUGGGGAGUAGGACUGGCAUGAGCGUAUCGCCCAACCUUUAUCGACCUGACGCCUAUGGCAAUGUGCGCCGCACUAGAAAUCUGGAAUAUUCGAAGCAAUGCGACGCUUAAUUUGAAGGCAGUAUGAUUGAAACUCCCCUAGGUGGUGGCGUUGUUUCUUGAGAGAGCGAUGUUAUGAUAUUUUGCAGAUUCUGUUUGUCUUUUCAUUUUGCACGCCUUUUCUUUAAAGUUACAAUGAAAAAAAUGGGUAGUGCAUCAUGUAAGCUUUCAUUUUUUUUAAUUUGGCAAUGCUAAUAUGACUGACUGAAAGGGUUUAUAGUCCUUCAAAGCUAAUUUUUGUUUGUUGUAUUUUUUAUUAUUAUUUUCUGGUUCAAGUUGAACAAGUUUGGUUGUUGCCUUUUCUUGUUGUAGGAGAUUGUGGCGCUUGACACUAAAGUGGCACAGUCAAAGCAUAUCAAGAGUUUUUUGACCCCAAGACCGGAAGACUUAGAACCAGAUCCGAAACGCCAGCCCGCUCGGUAAGUAAAAAGAUAAGGCAUGAAACCAUUAUAUUCAAAGAAUCCAGAACAGUUUAUGAAAAAAAAAUGUUGGUCACAGUAUUUCGUCCAUUGAUCAAAGAAAUAAGCCACGAAAGCUCGUCAAAAUCCUUGGCAACGUUACAGUUAAAAAGAAGCGGCUUUUUCUGAACAUCUGUGUCGUCUAGCCAUAAAAAAUUGCGAAAAAACGUUUUUACCAAACAUUUAGGAAAUUUUUUAAAAAUUUUAAAAAAUACACGGUGAAUGUUCUAUGAAUACAAGAAAAACAAUCUUAAGUUCAUCAAAAAGAAAACAAAUAUAUAAAAUUUGGUUCAAGUUAAAGAUAAGAACGAUAGCAACAACGGCAACGAACAUGUUGGAAUGCAAAAAAGGUGCUAACUUUUCUAUUGUCUGUACUUACUUCUGAUUGGCUUAAACAGCAAAAGUUAACAAAACUUCAUAAAGCAGUACAUAUAUUCAUCCUUACUUUCCAACCAUCUUCCAUAUAACAAAAUCUGGUCUCAGUUUGAAUAACAAAGAAAUCCUAAGUGGGGAACAUGUAAAAUUGUAAACUUUUCUUAUAGGACAUUCGUACUGUAUUUUUUUACAUAAUAAUGACGUCCGAGAACGUCGAAACGUCGUGUAUGUUUUAACUUCUUAAAAAUUUCCUUAAUGUUUUUAAGAAAAGUUUUUCGCAAUUUUUUGUAGCUAAAUGUUACAGUUACAAUAAAGGUGGCAAGACACAUAAUUACCCAACAAUAGUCAUGGGAAACUGAAACUGACUUCAACAUCAGUGCAUGUUACCUUAAGUUUGCAUGCCUAAUAUUUGUUUGACUGUAAGACAGUUCUCCUGUUUUGUUUAUAUUUUACGGAAAUUUAGCGGAAAGAAAAAUAGAGGCAGAAGAAGAAGUAGUAACUUUUCGCAGACAAUGAAAGGACGAUUGCAAAAGUUUGGAAAGACGACCAGAAUAUGUAAGUGAUAUUUUUGACUGUUUUACCUUUUCUGAGAAUACAAAGUUACGAUUCAUUCUCUCUUGGUUUGAGAUUUAUCUCUACAUCUGGCACAAACAGGCUAAAAAAGAUAUCUAUGUCGUCCAGCUCUGCCAGAUUAAAAUGGCUCGAGGAGCGCGAAAGAUUGUUAGUUCAACUGCUUCUCUGGGAAUAGGGAAGAUAAAAUUAAGGUCUUAUCAAGGUAAGGCUUUACAUCAGUUUACUCUACUUAUUGUUUGAAGUAACCAUUAUAAUUUAUUUUCCAGUCGGCAACAACAUAAGUUCGCCUAUUGUUCUGGAACAUUUCGUUGUUAUGGAAGACUAUAAAAAACAAGCCAAGACUGAUAUUAAUUUGAAGAAAGGAAAAAUUGUGGACGUCAUCGAGAAGAGAGAAUGCGGUGAGUUAUUCUAAAAAUUUAGUAUGUUACAAAUAUCACUUACUGUAUAUGAAUAAAUAAAUAUUCAAAUAACAAACUUGUUGCCUUUCAGUUUAAGUUGGGCUUAAAACCACACGAGCUAUGAGGAAUCUGGUCAUGGACAGGCUCUCUAUUCCCCUAAACAAUAACUAAGCAACGUUAAAAACUCCUUGAACGUGGAAUAACUCUCGAACUUAGAACCACAACUUUACAAUUAAAUAUUAAUAAUAAUCAUGACAAUAUGUAUAUAAAAACAUUAACACACAUUUCUUUAAGUUAAUAGUUCAAGCUUAUGUAUUUAUUAUUAUUGUUAUUAUUGUUAUUAUCAUUACUUGAUUAUUAUUACGUACUAUUACCAUUUAAAAGGAGUAAGCCGAAUUUUCGCAUUAUUCGAAAAUGACAAGAUUUUGCGAAAGUAUUCUAUGCUUUAUGCUGAAAAUGGAGCUUUUUCAUUUAGGCUGAUGACUUGUUUUGCUGUUUGUAUUCAAAGAAAGUUGAGAGAACUGGAUUUUUAAACAUACAUUUACCACAAGUCACAUCUCCUUCAGUCUAAACCUAUUGAGGUAUCUCAGUAUAACACUGAAUAAUCAAGUUGAGUAUCAUAAAUUGACUUUACAGGUUGGUGGCUGGUAGAUGCUGAUGGUGAAGUGGGUUGGGCUCCAGCUCUGUAUCUCGAACCAGCAGACGAAAUGUCGGACACUGAAGUAUCAAACGUACAAAGAUUCCCUAUUAGCAAGGGUACGUAUAUCAUAUCACAGAAAAAUAAUACUUUCUACCAUUUCUUUCAAGGGACUCAUUGCUUUUACGAAACGAUGGAAAACUCUACAUGACCAACUUUUAGCAAGGAAACAACAGCGGAUUAUCAAAGUUGGAUAGGAUACAAUCAGCCCUCUGGUAGAAACCUAUCCAAGUAAAAGUGUAUUUGAAUCAAACCUCUUUUAAAUCAUUGUUAACCCCUCCCUUAACAUACGUAUAGACCUUUUUUGGAUCUCAACUCUUAGAUUUGCCCAAGAGUCUUGUUAUAAAGGGCUUUGAACUUAAUCUUCAUUUACACAGGAGAAGUAUUCGUCACCACCAAACGUUAUGUCGCUGUUGAAGAUGAUGAGUUGUCGUUUGAUAUCGGUGUCAAUUUGCAAAUUCUGGAAAAGAACAUGGAUGGGUGGUGGAAAGCUUCGUAAGUGAAGUCGUCUUAUUAGGGUUGUGAGCGAAAUAUUAUAAUUAUUAUUUUUUUUGUAAUUCAUAACUUUUUGUAAAACUUCUAUUUUCAACCUUACGUAUACUUUGUCAUUUCUGGAAAAAAAUACUAAUAACAAAUAAAAGUCAUAGUUAUAAUGAUAAUGAUAAUAAUAAUUAAUCGUUGAUACCAGCAAGACAUUCUAGCGCCUGUAUUUCCAUCUGAGUACUAAGGGAUGUGACUAAAAAUGGGUGCUGGUUUGGUACUUAGUUCAAAAUACUCACUGUUUUCAUCAGAUACCUUGGAAGAGAAGGCUGGGUGCCCCAACUGUACCUCAGAAAGUUGGGCACUGAGCGAAGAGGUUCAAGAACAGCAAGACGAAAAUCAAGGAUUAUUUCUAGAACUGAACUGAGGAGCCCCAUAGAGGAAGAAGAAGACGUGAUUCAAGGUACGAAACCCGCGAUCCCAUUAUCGGAAUGUGCAUGACUUCAAUUCAGAAAUUCUUGUUCAGUGGAAACGGUUAAUAUGGACACCAAGGGAAGAUGCCAUGGUGUCUAUAUUAUCCGGAUGUUUGUAUCAAGCCGAUUAAUUUUAGCGAAAAAAUAAAAGCUUUUCGUCGGGACAAACGUGAUUAUCAUUCGAAGCAAAUUGUUCUUUCUUUUCAUUGGCCGAGAGCCCACCACGUGACCUGCAAACAACUGACUACAAGUAAUGGUCUUUCAUGUGCAAUGCUGUCCAACAGUGUUUGGCUGCAAAUAAUAUUCUGCUCAUGCGUAAAGCAAACCGUGCCUUUCUCCUUCUUGCGAUCGGUCUUGCAUGAAAAUGGCAGAUCGCUUCGCUUCCCAAGGAUAUUCAUUAAAAAAACAAACUCGGUGAUCGAAUGAUAAAACAAUGAUUCAACUCGGUUAUCGCAAAAUAUCGUGAUUUGUCAGUGUCUGUCUCGCAGAUCAGGCAAAUAAUUGAUCUGCUCGCCACAGACAAAUCACCAUAUUUUGCUCAACCUCGUCCAAUAAUUGUUAAUUGUCCGUUAUAUGCGGUUGGGUCCGUAGAGCGAGAUACCCGCCACUGUUAGUACUAGUCUUGUGGUCAGUAUUGAGUUCUCAUUAAAAAUGUCUUCUUGCAUCAAAUCACAAUAUAUCGAGACGACUUACCCGCUUCAAAGGAAAGAAACGUCCAUGAUAUCAGGCCACUACUAUAAGCCAUGUCUCACAUCCCUGAUUUGCUUUAUGGUAUUAUCGUUGGUUUUGAAUCAGUGGCGGAUAUAGGGUAACCAAACCUUAUUCUUUGGCCAAAGUGAGCCCCGCAGGGUCAAGAAAAUUAUUUUUUAAGGCAGGCUCCCCUCUUAUCUUAGGCACUGAAUGAGCGGCGCCCCCACUUACUUAAAGAUAUUAAUCCGCCACUGGGAAUAGCGAGUCAAUGUGAAACCUGUAUCGAGCAGACAGCAAAGUAUUAGAACGUUUUGAAAGUACCCCACUUUUUCGCCGUUUUGUGUAAUUUCAUAACAAGAAUGUAUUCUAAGGCGGACGCUGGCCAAGGCCCAACCUGUGAGUGUCCGCUUUUUCCAGGUUUCACUGCAUAUUUAUGUAAUAAUGAAUUGUAGUAAUAAAUUGUUGUCGUUUUGUUGAUGUAGAAAUACCAGAGGAAAAGACUGAGCCGUACAACACCAAUAAAGAGGUUGGUAAUAUUUCAUAACUAUCUUAUAAAAAUUACCUGAUUCGGGGUAUUGAAUGUUAUUUGCCACCUCUUGCAGCUUUUAGUAAUAACCCGACCAAAUUUUGAUGUCAAAUGUUACGAAAAAUUCAUAAGGAUCAGUAUAUUGACCUCAGCGUAAUAGAGAUUGAGUUCAAUAUGCACCGAAGAACAUCAUCCAAUCUCAUGAACCAUAUUUGUUUCUUGUAGGACAAGAGAAUGUCUCUUCCAAGGAAGAUAUCGAAAAAUGUUUUCUCUACAAUGGGAAAAAAGGAUCCAAAGGCAGUAUCUUUUGCCAACGAUAAAGAGGCUACAGAGGAUGCAUCCAGAAAGAAAACCAUUGGCAAUAUGAUUGAAAUGAGUAACGCUUUCUUACAGCUGAAUCAAUCCGAAAAAAGGUCGUCCGACGCAAGUUCAGAAGAGAGGAAAAGAAAAACUUCUCAACCAUCGCUGAAGAACUCCACAAGGCCUACUGUGGAACGUCGAGCAAUAAGCGCUUUGGCUCUAUCUACCCACCAUAUGGAAGGAACUGCUGGAAACCAUGAAGCCGACUCUAAGGAGGAUAUAGAGGCAAAGAAAUCCAAAAGUCGAAGUUUAGAGUCCCUACUCUCUAGGAACGCAGCUCAGAGUGCAGAAUCAAAAUGGAAACCUGAAAAAAGCAACACUUUGUCCUCGUCACUUUCUUGCUUACAUGAAGUUCCCGAGUCAGACCACAUUAAGAUUGAAGAAGAAUACAAUACACAGCUUGAACCACCAAACCUCUCUAACGGACUUUCUACCUCGAGGGACGAGAUUGCUGACGACAUCGAGGCCACUGCAACUCUAGAAGAAGCAGAAGAUAGUGACACUGGUUCGUGUGAUAUUUCGUCAGAAACCACUACACUUACUGAUCUUAUGGAAUGCCUGGAUGGAUUCUGCAAGCAGCCUGUUGGUGAUUAUGUCUACUACAAGAAAACAUCCAUAGACGAAGAUAUAGCUAAUUUUCAUCCACCAAGAAGAAGCCCCCCUUCCCCAUCCAAUCUUUCUACUGGCUCUAACAUCGACUCCCCAAGAAUGGGACCUCCCUCAAGAAACCCUCCUUCCCCAAAUACGUACCCUAGAGGCCAGAGACAGUCAUCUGCGGAAGAUGAGCAGCGUAAGAAUCAUACAAUUCCAAAGUCCAACUUCGACCGAAAGAUAAUCUUCCAGAAUUCUCUGGAAACAGAAACAGCGCAGGAACUUAAUGAGCAAAUUCAAGUUUGGUGUUCAAGUGACGAAUCGGAAUCCGAUGAAGAGCAGUUAUACUCAAAUCGAAUUAUUCACCCCGACUCUCCUAAUUCACCAGCGAUUGUGAUCGACGAGUUGCCCGACCAGCUCACUGACAAAGAAAGACUUUCUACCUUAAGGGAUGAUGACGCGCGGUCAACAGAGAGUUUUGAAAUUGAAGUCAACCUACAAAGUAACACCGUGUUCCCACGUGACGAGGACAGUUCAACUGAUCUCUACUACACAACUGAUUCACACGAAGUUGAUGCAGAGAUUUACCUCAACAAGGGUGAUUUUGUCACGGUCAUUGAAAAGGCGUCUACAGGUUAUUGGCUGAUACAGAAUAAGCACGGUUUGCGUGGCUGGUCUUUUUCAGGACACUUUGUCCCUGUUCAUCAGGUUGACCCAAAUGAGGAAAGCAAUUCACCAGAAGAGGAAGACAGAGGAAAAGAGGAUGACGAUGAACACGAUCAACAAAUGUUUUGUCGUGUGAUUUGUGACUAUGAAGCUGACGACGAUAGCGAAGAGAUAGACAUCUACGAGGGAGAUGUCAUGGAAAUAAUUUUCAGAAAUGAGAGUGGAUGGUGGUGUGUGCGUAAUAACACGACUGGAGAAAUUGGCUGGGCUCCUUCAAACUACUUAGAAAUGGUCGGCAGCGAAGAAUCUUAUGACGCUGAUUAAUUAGCUUGUGCAAAAAAGUCGAAUUUAGCCCUACUAUACAUCAUAAACCACGGAAAGAACAAAAGUCGUCGAGAUGUCAAAUCCCAUUUUACCUCGAAAGCACAUUAAUCGUUACCCAAUGCUACAAAAAAAAAGAGCAUUAGUUUUGAGUCAAUAGCAAGUGCAGUUAUAUGAUUGAGUAAUAACAUAUUGUCUGAUCAAGCUGUUUAGCUGAUUUUUCUUGAUAUUUCAUUCUUCCGUUAGCUGUGAAGGACUUAGUGUUAGACAUAAGUCAUUUUAGAACAGUACAAAAUUGUUUUUUGAAUUAUC